AGGAUAAAAAUUGUUCCAAUUGAAGGUUAUUAUUACUAACACUUCUUAAUCCAGAACAGGCUGUUAGUCAGAAUUCCUCUGGGACGGGAAGAUGGUGCAGAAAGAUGUCAUCCAGAAGGCGGAGGAAUUGGUGCAGAGAGCCAUGAAGUCGAACGAUGCAUCUCAUGAUGCUGCACAUGCAUUCAGAGUGCGAGACCUCGCUCUUUCUCUCGCCCGCGAAGAAGGCCUCUCUUCCUCUCCCGACUCCAUGUUGACUGUGGAACUAGCUUCUCUUCUGCAUGAUAUAGGUGACUACAAAUACAUGAGGGACCCAUCUGAGGCAAAAAUCGUAGAGGAAUUCCUUGACCAUGAAGGGAUAGAGGAUAGCAUGAGGAUAGAUGUUUUGAAGAUCAUAAAAGGAAUGGGGUUCAAAGAAGAACUUGAAGGUCAAGCAAAUGGUAUUUCUUCACUGGAAUUUCAGGUUGUGCAAGACGCAGAUCGACUUGAUGCAAUUGGUGCCAUAGGAAUUGCAAGAUGUUUUACAUUUGGUGGAAGCAGGCAUAGCGUUCUUCAUGAUCCUAAAAUUCUUCCCAGGUCAGAUCUUUCCAAGGAAAACUACAUGAACAAAGAUGAGCAGACAACUAUUAACCAUUUUCAUGAGAAGCUUCUCAAGUUGAAGGACUUGAUGAAAACUCAGGCUGGGAAGAGGAGGGCUGAAAGAAGGCACAAAGUUAUGGAAGAUUUUCUUAAAGAGUUUUAUGAAGAGUGGGAUGGCAAUGCUUGAACAGAUCCAUGUUUUUGAAUGUGUAUAACUUUUGCAGGUGUACACAUAAGAAAUACUUAUCUCAACCUUACUGACAGUUUGGACCAGGAUGGAGGUGUACACAUAAGAAAUACUUAUCUCAACCUUACUGACAGUUUGGACCAGGAUGGACUGCAAGUCCACAGCUGGAUUAGUUUUGGAUUGUUUGAUGUGCCUCUGAACUUUUAAAAGCAUUUCAAUGUUAGAUUGCUAAUCCUUUCUCUCAUGACUUUUGGAUAUGUUCGGUUUGGUUUGGUUUAGUUCGGUUUGGUUCGGUUCAUUACCAUGCAUAGAGAAAGAAUGAUGGUUUCAUAUUUGAC